AUGCUUCAGCAGCUCACCCGCUGCGUUUUCAGGAAAUGGGCGACGAUAAAGCAUGAUAAAGCCAAGGCUGACGCCGGAAAGAGCAAGCAACGUGCUCUUCUAACCAACGACAUCACCAACGCCGUAAAGAAUAAUGGACCCGAUCCAAACAUGAACCCGCGCCUUGCCCUCGCCCUCAAUACCGCGAAGAAAAGCCAAGUUCCCAAGGCUUCCAUUGAAGCAGCGAUAGCGCGUGGCCAGGGUCUAUCCACGACAGGAGCUGCGCUCGAGUCGAUCAUGCUCGAGGCCAUGCUGCCUGCAUCUGUCGCAGCGAUCAUCGAGGCGCAGACAGACAACAAGUUGCGCACGCUUGCGGACUUGCGUUUGAUAAUCAAGGAGGCAGGGGGCACCGUUUCGACUGUAGGAUACAUGUUUGAGAAGAAGGGUAGGAUAAUACUGCACCAGAAGGAAGGCGUGGGUGCCGAUGAGGUGCUGGAAGCUGCAAUUGAAGCCGGCGCAGAAGAUGUUCAGGAGCUGGACGACGGCCGAGUGUUGCUCUUUACGGACCCCGCCACCACGAAAGGAAUCGCACAGACAGUCGCAAAGUCAAUGGAUAUGGAAGUCGCGGAGGCGGAGAUCGUAUAUGAUCCUAAUGAAGAUACGAUGGUGCCGCUUGAUGACGCGGAAGCGGCAGGGCAGCUAGGGGAGUUUGUGGACAAGAUACAAGAGGUGCAGGGUAUCCAGGGCGUAUACUUGAACUGGGCCAAAGGGUCAAUAGAUGAGGGCUUGUGGGAAGAGCUGGCGAGCAAGACUGCCAUAUAA